AUGGCAGUCUAUCGUGCCUACUUAGAUCUCAUCGGCUUGGUUCAUCGACCGGAGACACGGAUCGACAAGAUCGACGACUUCCUCAUCGGCCGGACGAACGCGCUGCCCUCAGCGGCCUCUGGAGAGAACGACGAAGACCCAGAGGAAGAGGAGGAGGAGAUCAAAGUCCUCGACCAGCUCAUCGACCAGCUCAUCAACUUCCCAUCCAACGGCCAUGGCGUACUCGAAGGAUUGCUUCCCAACCGCCCCUACAGCCUACUCACCCUCUUCGCCCUCCUCGGUGAUCGUCGGCUGAUCUAUAUUCUCUGCUCACUCGGCGUCAGUGUCACCGACUUCAACUGGACUCGGUACUUCAGCGCGCUCUCUGAGGAAGUUAAGUUGAUCCUCAGCUCGAUCAGAUCCAUGCAGAGAGUCAGGAGACCACUGCGAAUCCGUUUGAGUCAAACCCGUGAUAUCCAGCAGAGGAUACGAGAAGCCAAAGAGAGAAGAGAAGGUGAGGAGAGACAGAAUGCUCAGGCGGCCAAACGACCCCGGACAGACUCGCUUGAAGCAGACACGAGCCAUCAGACCAGGCCCCGCUCUGGCGAAUGGAUCGGAGGAUACUUUGUCGAAGAUUAUGAGGAAAAGGAGGAAGAUCGAGCCAGACCAUCACCCUUACCGACAACAAUCCAGCAAACGGGCACAAGACUGACAGAGAAUCGCCGGCAAGACAAACGAGCGAGACUGGCCAGUCUACAUGUGCUUCCAGCUAUGCGAGUCACAACUACACCCUCCCCACCACCACCACCCUCCCCACCAAUCCCUCUCUCCACUGCAACUCAGCUCCUUCCUCCUGAAACCCAAAACACUCCCUUCAUCUCUGUUUUGGUCUCAAAUUUACCCAUCGGGGCUAGCCCACAAAGUAUUUUAUUUUUCUUCCAGCAUGGUGCAGACAUUUUCAAGGCCGCAAGGACGCAAAACCAACGGAUAGAUGCGCUAGGCCGAAACCUGCACAAGUUCAAACCAAACACGAUCCAAGCGUACCAACAGAAGCCGAAUGGAGGAAAGGGGGGAGAGGGACAGCGAGGAUACGAAGUGCGAGGGGAGGACUUGAAGAUGGUGGAAGAGCCGACCGAUCGCCAGGCAGAGACUCGCUCAGUCAUUGUCCGCUUUGCCCGUCCAUCUGGCGACAAUCAACAAGCCCCUUGGGAAAUUUUCAUUCAAGAAUUCCACAACAAGAAGUUCUUCCGGUUUGACUCUCUCUGUCUCCCUCUCUCUUGCCGCCUCUUGUCUUCUUAA